AUGGCAGAUACAAAGAAAAAAUUAAUGUAUCUAUCAGAAGAUGAUAUUAUUCAAAUCUUUCAAUAUAUAACACAACGCAAUAUCGAAGAUUCAAAAGCUAUUAUCAAUCAAAACGAAAGACAUUUGCAGAUAUUGGCUAGUAUCAGAGUUAUGGGGGAACGCAAAAGAAUUGGACUUGCUGCUCAUAAUGAAAAGAAAUCAGAAUUGAUUGAAUGUCUUAAAAAACACCGCAAGGUACUAGUUCAACAUAAACUGUAUGCGACGGGUACGACAGGGACAUUGGUUGAGAAAGAAUUGAAUAUACCUGUAAGAAAGUUUGAAAGUGGUCCUUUGGGUGGCGAUCAACGGCUUGGAGCAAAGAUUGCUAAAAACGAACUUGAUAUUCUCAUCUUCCUCAUUGAUCCAUUGAGUCCUCAUGCUCAUAAUGCUGAUGUCGAAGCACUUGUUCGAUUAGCUCAAGUGUACAAAAUUCCUUGUGCAACGAAUGCUACUUCUGUUGACUUUUUACUUACGUCGAGUAUGAUGAGCGAAUCCAGUGUACGAACAAUUCCUGUAACUGGAUAUCCACAAGGUAAAUAA